UGUAAAUCUGUUCUGACUCUCUUCAACCAGGAGAAACGACAGAUGGGGUCAGUAAAUCUGUCCAUCGGGUCUUCGCUUCCAUGCUAGGGGAAAAUGAAGAUGAGGAGGAGGAAGAAGAGGAAGAGGAGGAGGAAGAUGAAGAAACCCCUGAGCAACCCACAGCAGGAGAUGUUUUUGUAUUGGAGAUGGUGCUUAAUCGAGAGACCAAGAAAAUGAUGAAAGAGAAAAGGCCUCGUAGUAAACUUCCUCGAGCCCUCAGAGGCCUCAUGGGAGAAGCCAACAUUAGGUUUGCUCGAGGGGAACACGAGGAGGCUAUACUGAUGUGCAUGGAAAUCAUAAGACAAGCUCCUCUUGCUUAUGAGCCAUUUUCUACUCUUGCCAUGAUCUAUGAAGACCAAGGUGAUAUGGAGAAAUCAUUGCAAUUUGAGUUGAUUGCAGCUCAUUUAAACCCUAGUGACACUGAGGAGUGGGUUAGACUGGCAGAAAUGUCACUAGAGCAGGACAAUAUUAAACAGGCCAUAUUUUGCUAUUCAAAAGCUCUGAAGUAUGACCCUACCAAUGUGCGUUAUCUGUGGGAGAGAUCAAGCUUGUAUGAGCAGAUGGGAGACCAUAAAAUGGCAAUGGAUGGCUAUAGACGAAUCUUAAAUCUUCUGUCCCCUUUUGAUGGAGAACGCUUUAUGCAGUUGGCCAGGGACAUGGCGAAGAGUUACUAUGAAGCCAAUGAUGUCACUUCUGCUAUUGAGAUAAUGGAAGAAGCCUUUACUAAACAUCAGAGCCUCAUCUCCAUGGAAGAUAUAAACAUAGCGGCUGAACUGUAUAUCUCCAACAAACAGUAUGACAAAGCUAUGGCGGUUAUUACGGAUUUUUCAGGAAUUGUAGUUUCAAAGAAAGUGACUGAACAAGGCUCUUCUGAGGAGAAUAAAGACAUGAAAGAUGUAGUGGCUGUCGUGGAAAUUCAGGAGAGUCAAGUGGCCGUGAUUGACUAUCAAGAUUUUCCAGCUGAAUCCAGCACUGUUUCUGAAGAUAAAGUUAGCUGCUCUAUACCUGAUGGAGUUCCAAUAGACAUCACAGUAAAACUAAUGGUGUGCCUGGUUCACCUGAACAUCCUAGAGCCACUCAAUCCUCUUUUGACUACUCUAGUGGAGCAAAAUCCAGAAGAUAUGGGGGACUUGUACCUGGAUGUUGCAGAGGCGUUUCUGGAUGUUGGAGAAUACAAUUCAGCACUACCACUGUUGAGUGCCCUAGUUUGUUCUGAAAGAUAUAACUUGGCUGUAGUUUGGCUCCGGCAUGCAGAAUGUCUAAAAGCCUUGGGAUAUAUGGAGCGUGCUGCAGAGAGCUAUGCAAAAGUUGUUGAUCUUGCCCCGUUACAUUUGGAUGCAAGAAUUUCACUUUCUACACUUCAGCAGCAGCUGGGUCGGCCUGAGAAAGCUCUGGAGGCUCUGGAACCAAUGUAUGAUCCAGAUACAUUGGCACAAGAUGCUAAUGCUGCGCAGCAGGAAUUAAAGUUACUGCUCCAUCGUUCAACGCUGUUGUAUUCUCAAGGCAAAAUGUAUGGUUAUGUGGACACUUUGCUUACCAUGCUAGCAAUGCUAUUAAAGGUAGCAAUGAACAGAGCUCAGGUGUGUUUGAUAUCUAGUUCCAAAUCCGGGGAGAGACACCUUUACCUUAUGAAGGUGUCUAGGGAUAAAAUUUCAGACAAUGAUGACCAAGAGUCUGCAAACUGUGAUGCAAAAGCAAUAUUUGCUGUGCUCACAAGUGUGCUGACAAAAGAUGACUGGUGGAACCUCCUCCUGAAAGCCAUAUACUCUUUGUGUGACCUUUCCCGAUAUGAGGAGGCAGAGCUGCUGGUGGAUUCCUCACUGGAAUAUUAUUCAUUUUAUGAUGAUAGGCAAAAGCGCAAAGAGCUGGAGUACUUCGGUCUUUCAGCUGCAAUUCUGGACAAGAACUUCAGAAAAGGUUACAACUAUAUCAGGAUAAUGCUAAUGGAAAAUGUUAAUAAACCACAACUCUGGAACAUCUUCAAUCAAGUCACCAUGCAUUCUCAGGAUGUACGACAUCAUCGCUUUUGUCUUCGAUUAAUGCUGAAAAAUCCUGAUAAUCAUGCACUGUGUGUCCUAAAUGGGCAUAAUGCAUUCGUAUCUGGUAGUUUCAAGCAUGCUCUCGGACAAUAUGUGCAAGCCUUCCGUACUAACCCAGAUGAACCUCUGUACAGCCUUUGCAUAGGCUUAACUUUCAUCCAUAUGGCAUCUCAGAAGUAUGUGUUAAAAAGACAUGCUCUUCUUGUACAGGGAUUCUCUUUCCUUCACCGGUACCUGGGCCUUCGUGGACCGUGCCAAGAAUCUUUCUAUAACCUAGGCCGUGGCCUUCAUCAGCUGGGAUUAGUGCAUCUGGCAAUCCAUUAUUACCAAAAGGCACUUGAGCUUCCUCCUCUCAUCUUAGAGGGAAUAGAAGCUGAUCAGACAGACUUGCGAAGAGAUGUUGCCUUCAACUUGUCACUAAUUUAUCAGAGCAGUGGAAAUUUAAGAAUGGCUCAAAAGCUGUUGUAUACAUAUGGAAUCGUAUGAUGGAGUUUGUGACUAAGAGGUAGCCUGCUAGGAAAAUAACAUUUGUCAUUUCCACUGGGGCAUUGAGGAUCUCAGGCAUUACACACCAAUGGAAAGACCCAUUCAAAAAGAUAUGUACAUAUUUUUUCUAAACUGAUCUAGAUGUGAUUGGAUCAGAGUUGUUAGUUACUGUAUAUAUUUUGUUUCCUGAACUUUUGAGCUAUUUUUUCCAUUUCCUGAGGUUGGAACUGUAAAAUGCCCCAAUACAACCAAAGUUCAACAAGCAGGCUUUUGUGAGCAGAUUCUCCAGACAUACUUAGAUGUUGGUUGAGCACCUUAUUGAUGAGUUUUUGUGACGCCUGAAGUUGGUGCUGGUACACAGAAUUCUCAACUGAAUAAAGGACUAAAAAUGAUGUGCA